GAUUAUAUCUUAUGAGUAAAACAACACUGAGAAUUCGUAGUAGUACUACAACUAAUUAAGGGAAAUAUACCAAUCAAAUGGCGUAUUCAAACAAUGGAGCAAACUCAAUUGUAUAUGAGGCAAUUAACAAUCGAGAUGAAGGAGGACUACAAAGCAUACUAGAAAAACAGCCUGAUUUACUCAAGUCUACCGAUGAAAAUGGAUUAACUCCUCUAUCUUAUGCUGCCUCUAAGGGUUAUGUUGAAAUGGUUGUCUUCCUUCUCAAAAGAUUUCCCGAAUCAAAAAAACACCUAAAUAAAGAUUAUUCAUAUCCAAUUCACAAGGCAUGUCUAGGAGGUCAUAUUAACGUCUUAACGGAGUUCUAUAAUAAUUCCGGCAAAUCGAUAUUUACUUGUGAUGGACAAGGGCGAACAGUUCUACAUUUAGCAGCUAAAGAACGCGGUAAUAAGUUGAAGGAAGUAGUCAUCUACUUGUUGAGUCUUCCGGAGAACAAACAACUUAGGCUCAUACGAGAUGAAAACUAUAAAACUCCCUUGGAUUUGGCUAUAAACAGUGCAAAUCAUGUAGUGGAACAACUUUUUAAUUAAUAGUGCUAUCUAAGUUUUAUUAUAGAGCAUGUUUUGGGUGUAUUAAUCUUUGUUGCUGGUGUUUUUGUUUUCGUCUCUUGUAUGUUUUAUUUAGUGCUUCCACUAUUAUUAAUUAAAAAAAAUUAAAAAAUAAGAUUGUUGUUUUUAGCCUGUUUGAAAGUAAGAAUUGAAGAAGUGAUGCUCAAAUGCAUCAAAGCGUUAAUUAUUUGUUUU